AUGGGCCAUGACCAAGUUUGGUACUACCUGUCCGGCCUACCCUCCUUCACGUUAAUGACGGAUCACCGCCCCUUGAUCCCCAUCCUCAACAACUACACCCUCGACGCAGUGGAAAACCCACGACUUGAACACCUCAAGGAGAAAAUCUCACCAUACAUCUUCACCGCUGUCUGGCGCCCAGGCAAGGAGUUGUCAAUUCCAGAUGCCCUGUCACGUGCGCCAGUGGACCAGCCUGCCUCCGAAGAUGAGAUAUUGUCUACUGAAUCUGCCAUACACCUGAGGCACAUUGUCAACGCUGUCAUCGCCAAGGAAGCCCAGGAGUCGCUGCAUCAAGACGCCGAUCGGAACAUUCAAGACCUACGAAACGCUGCCCGGAAUGACCCGGACUAUAUACUCCUGCUCAACUGUGUCACAUCAGGAUUCCCUUCACAUCGGUAUGCGCUCCACUCCUCACUCCUUCCAUACUGGAAACUACGUGACAGCAUCUACGCAGAUGGAGAAUUGGUCCUUUACAACCAACGCAUUGUCAUCCCCAAAGCCCUUCGCAGAAGUACCCUCGCUCGACUUCACGACAGUCACCGUGGUGCAGAUGCGACUAUUCACAGGGCACGCCAAACGGUCUUCUGGCCAGGUAUUGAAGCAGAUAUCAAGAGCACUGUCCAAGCCUGCGAGCCAUGCCAGACCCUUCAACUGAGCCAACAACAAGAGCCACUUCUUUCAGAUGACGUACCAUCCAGGCCCUUCGAGUCUGUCUCCGCAGACUUUUUCACAGUCGCUGGGAAAGCUUUCUUGGUGAUAGCGGACAGACUGUCUGGAUGGCCUACUAUCAUUCCUCGUGGGACCGACACAUCUACGUCCAGAACCGUGAGGAUGUUUUGUCUCUACUCCCGCGAAGUUGGUGUCCCUGUCCGCCUCCGGACAGAUGGCGGGCCCCAGUUUUACAGCUUGGAGUUUCAGUCUUUCAUGAAACGCUGGGCUGUCCACCAUGUGAUAUCAACACCACAUUAUCCCCAGUCAAACGGCCAUGCUGAGGCUGCUGUCAAGUCUGCCAAGUACCUGAUCCUGAAGACAGCGCCCUCAGGUAACAUAGACACCGAAGAAUUCGACCGCGGCCUGCUGGAGCUACGGAACACGCCCACUGUUGCUGGAAGGUCACCCGCACAGGUGCUAUAUGGCCACCCCCUCCGUACGUGUGUCCCUGCUCACCCUGCAUCCUUCGCCCAGGAAUGGCAGGAACGUACAGAAGAUUACGACCGUCGAGCUGCAGCCCGGGCUGGCCACGUGAAAAGCCAGUACGAUAAACACGCACGUCCACUUCCCAAGUUGAGUGUCGGCGAUCAUGUCCGCAUCCAGAAUACAGACACCCACCGAUGGGACAAGGUUGGAGUCGUCAUGGGUUGCGGCCGUAACAGGGAUUACGAGGUGCGGCUCCCAAGUGGCCGAGUGUGGUGGCGAAAUCGUCGUUUCUUGCGCCCCAUCCCAGAUCCUAGUGUUGACCCCCUCUCCCACAUCCCUGUGGUCCCUUGCACGGACAAAACGUUCACAGAAGUAGAAAUGCCCUCCUAUGCCCCACGCAGAUCAGAAAGGCUGAGGAAAUAUGCCGCUUGA